AUGAGCGGCGGCUACGGCCAGUAUAACCCCUACGGUGACCAGGGCGGCUAUGGCCAGAACCCCUAUGGCCAGGCCAACACCAUGGAACAGGGAAACGGAAGCUAUGAGAUGAACCAGAUGGGUCAACAACAGCCCGCCGACCCCACCGCCCUCCUCAACAAGUGCAGAGAGAUCAACGAUGGCAUUGCCGACCUCCGUGCCAAGCGUGAGGGUCAACUCGCCGCCGCCCAGAAUGGUCUCCUCGACGCCAACACCGCCAAGGAGGAUCAGGUCGCCCACCAGGGCCUGGACCUCAUCGAGGACGAGGUCAACAACGGUUUCCGCUACCUCCGCGACCUCCUCAAGAAGGUCAAGCAGACCCCCGGCUCCGGCGACUCCCGCGUCCAGACCCAGCUCGACGUCACCAGCCGCAACCUCCGCCGCGAAAUCGAGCACUACCAGCGAUCCCAGUCCGACUUUAAGAAGCGCCUGAGGGAGCAGGUCCGCCGCCGUUACGAGAUCGCCAACCCCGAGGCUACCCCGGAGGAGUUGGACCAGGGUGUGGAUAACGUCCUCAUGGGCCAGGAGCAGACUUUCCAGGUCUACGGAGCUCGCACCGGUCAAGCCCACGAUGCUCGCCAAGCCGCCUUGGAACGAUCGACCGCCAUUCGCAAGAUCGAACAGGACAUGAUGGAACUGGGUCGGUUGUACCAGGAAGUUGCGGAGCUGGUGCACCAGCAGGAGCCGGCCGUGGAGCAGAUCAACCAGGACUCGGAGAACGUCGCCGGCAAUGUCGCGGAUGCCAACAACCAGAUCACCCACGCCAUCGACAGCGCGCGCCGGGCACGAAAGUGGAAGUGGUAUGCGCUGCUUAUCGUCAUUCUCAUCAUUGCCAUCGUGGUCGGUGUGGCCGUUGGUGUGACGCAGGCCAACCAGAGUACCAAACAAGCCUAA